AUGACUCCUCUGGUGAUGUGGCUUCUAUGUUACCCCUUAUCUGUUGCCACUCCUGUUAACUCGAGCCCUGACCCAGCCUGUUCCCUGCUGGGCAAUUUUGAGCCCAAUUUCCACGCUGAUGGAGACUUCAUCAUUGGAGGAAUUUUUCCCAUGCAUUACAAAGUUGAGCAACCAGACCAGAACUUCACUUACAAACCGGCUGCUCCACAAUGUCAGGGAUUUCACCCCAGAUCUUUCCGCUGGGCACAGACUAUGAGGCUGGCUGUUGAGGACAUCAACCAGAGUCAGAACCUGCUGCCUAACUUCACUCUGGGAUACAAGAUCUUUGACUCCUGUUCAAUAGAGAUAAGUUAUUUCUCAACAUGCUCCUGUCUUAGCAACAGGAAAGAAUUCCCAACAUUUUUUAGAGUCAUUCCUAAUGACGACUACCAGAUAAAAGCAAUUGCAAGCCUCCUGCUCCGAUUUAGAUGGACUUGGGUUGGUGUUGUCGCUCAAGAUGAUGAUUAUGGGAGAUUUGCAUUACUGGGCCUUUUGAGGGAAGUAAAGAACACUGGUGUGUGUUUGGCCUAUCAGAAACUGAUUCCCAAAGUGUACAGUCGUGAAGGAAUCCUUGAAAUCCUGGAUGUGAUGAAGCACUCCACUGCAAGAGUCGUUAUCAGCAUUGCUGUUGAGGGUGAGCUCUACCCCUUAUUUAAAGAGUACAUGGAUCAGAACAUCACUGGCAUCCAGUGGAUUGCCAGUGAAGCCUGGGUAACAGCAUCAAUAUUCGCAGGCAGUGAGUUCUACCCAUUUCUAGGUGGCACCAUUGGUUUCGCCGUCAGGCAGGGGCAGAUUCCUGGUCUUCGAGACUACCUGAUGAACGUAAACCCAUUGAAGUACCCCAGUAACCCCCUGGUACACAAGCUGUGGAGUGCCUUGUACGGUUGCUCCCUCUACCCCUCCAGCAGCAGGACCCAGGCCUCCUCCCAGCUGCCCCCCUGUUCAGGGCUGGAGCCCCUGCAGGAGCAGCACUCUGCUUACCUGAACACCUCCAGCCCUCGUAUUUCCUACAAUGUGUACAAAGCCGUGUACGCCAUCGCUCACUCCCUGCACAACCUCAUCAGCUGUAAGCCUGGGAAAGGGCCCUUCCAUAACUCCUCAUGUGCUGAUGCCACAUACAUUCAACCAUGGCAGGUUCAGCAGUAUCUUCAAGAUGUUGUCUUCACUAUUUCUGGAGAAGAUGUGGAUUUUGAUGCAAAUGGAGAUUCAAUUCCGUCAUAUGAUCUGAUCAAUUGGCAAAGAGGAGCAGCUGGAAAUAUUGAGUUUGUCAAUGUGGGUCUGUAUGAUGGUGCAAAGGACAUUGGGAAGGAGCUAUUUAUCCAGGAGGAGGGGAUCAUGUGGACUGGCCAUCAAACUGAGUUGUUGGUGUCUGUGUGCAGUGAUAGCUGUGCUCCAGGAAGCAGGAAGGCUGUCCGUCGUGGGGAGCCUCUGUGCUGCUUUGAUUGUGUACCAUGUGACGACGAUUCAAUAGACUGCGCAUCUUGUCCUGAAGAUUACUGGUCCAAUGCAGCCAGAACUGAAUGCAUACCCAAAGCGAUUGAGUACCUCUCCCAUGAUGCAAUGGGACUGACCCUGACUGUGAUAGCUGUAGUGGGAGCCUGCCUCACCGUUGCUGUUUUGGCAGUAUUCCUCUACCACAGGAACACUCCGAUUGUAAAAGUCAACAACUCAGAGCUGAGCUUCUUCAUCCUGCUCUCUCUGACUCUGUGUUUCCUGUGUGCGCUGGUGUUCAUUGGAGAGCCUACAUCAUGGUCCUGCAUGCUGCGCCAUACUGCCUUCAGCAUCACUUUCUCACUCUGCAUCUCCUGUAUCCUGGGGAAGACUCUGGUGGUGCUGGCUGCCUUUACAGCCACCAGGCCUGGAAACAACCUCAUGAAAUGGCUGGGACCCAAACAGCAGAGAUUUAUCAUCUCUGCCUGCACCUUUAUACAAGUGAUAAUCUGUGCAGUGUGGCUGAUCACUGCUCCUCCUUUCCCAAAUAAAAACAAUCAGUACCACCGGUCCAGAAUAAUCCUGGAGUGCAGCGUGGGCUCUGAACAGGCCUUCUGGGGUGUUCUGGGAUACAUUGGUCUCCUGGCUGCUCUGUGUUUUAUUCUGGCCUUUCUGGCCAGGAAGUUGCCAGGCAAUUUUAAUGAAGCCAAAUACAUCACCUUCAGCAUGCUGAUCUUCUGUGCAGUGUGGCUUGCCUUUGUACCAGCUUAUGUGAGCUCACCUGGAAAGUUCACUGUAGCUGUGGAGAUAUUUGCAAUUUUAGCAUCUAGUUUUGGCCUACUGCUUUGCUUAUUUGCUCCAAAAUGCUACAUAAUUUUACUGAAGCCACAGAAAAAUACCAAACAACAUCUGAUGGGGAAAGUUGUUACCAAAUAG